CCCAUUUCCAUCCAAACCCAAAACUUUUCCUUCUCCUCUUUUGAGUUCUCCCUUUGAAUCAAAAUGCAGAGGAUCGCCGUGCUGCUGCUGCUACUACUACUACUACUUUGCACGUCUUCUCCCGUAGUCUUUUCCAUCAAAGAUGGUUUGCUGCCUAAUGGCAACUUUGAGUAUGGUCCAAAGCCAUCCGAACUAAAAGGCACAAAACUGAUGAGCAGCAAUGCCAUACCCAACUGGGAAAUCUCAGGCUUUGUUGAGUACAUCAAGUCCGGUCAAAAGCAGGGUGACAUGCUGCUCAUCGUCCCGGAGGGAGACCACGCUGUUCGGUUGGGCAACGACGCACUUAUUAAGCAAAAGGUUAAGGUUAUCAAGGGCAUGAAUUACGCCAUAACCUUAAGUGCUGCCCGCACUUGUGCCCAGGAGGAGAGUCUGAACAUCUCAAUAUCUCCAAAUUCGGAGAAAAAUGACGAUGGAGUUUUUCCAAUUCAGACAAUGUACAGCAGCAGUGGCUGGGAUUCCUAUGCAUGGGCUUUCCAGGCAUUUGCUGCUGAGAUAGAGAUUUCAAUCCACAACCCCGGCGUAGAGGAGGACCCUGCUUGUGGCCCGCUCAUUGAUUGUGUGGGUAUUAAGACCCUGCAUCAUCCCAAGCGUACUGGAGUUAAUUUGUUGAAGAAUGGAAACUUUGAAGAGGGUCCUUAUGUCUUCCCCAACACCCCAUGGGGAGUGCUAGUUCCACCCCACAUUGAAGAUGAUCACAGUCCUAUCCCCGGUUGGAUCAUUGAAUCCCUUAAAGCUGUUAAGUACAUUGAUGCCGGUCAUUUCUCUGUUCCAGAGGGGAAAGGGGGAGUAGAACUUGUUGCAGGAAAAGAAAGCGCCAUUGCCCAAGUGGUCAGGACAAUGCCUGGGAGACACUAUGUCCUCUCCUUUGCCGUUGGUGAUGCCAAUAACAAAUGUGAAGGUUCCCUGAUAGUGGAGGCAUUCGCAGGGAGAAACACUGUUAAGGUUUCGUACGACUCCAAAGGCAAAGGAGGGUGCAAGCGUGGAAGUCUUGCGUUCACAGCAGACUCGACACGCACUCGCAUCACAUUCUACAGCACAUUUUACACCAUGAAGAAUGACAACUCUGGUGCUCUCUGUGGGCCGGUGCUGGAUGAUGUUUCACUGGUUAGCGUCCGGAAAUUACAUAGCCCAUAAACUAUUGUUUACUUAGUUGCUUUGCUUAUGCAACACAUGAUUGAUCAAGUUAAGUUAUGUUUACAUACUUUUAGGAGUUUCUUGUCACAGAAGCAAGAGGCGUUUGAUGAGCUUUACCAUGUUCCAUUUGUGUAUUGAUCUUUCUUAAUCGAGUGGAAUGAAGUUCUAUGUUCAAC